AUGUUGUCCAAGAAACGCAGAGUGUCUGGACCAGACCCGGAGGUGGAUUCUUACUCGUCUCCUACACCCCCUGGGUCAACCAAAGGAACGUCAGAAGACAAGGACAUGGACAUCGAUGAAAGCCUCUACUCGUCAGCUGUGAGUAGUAUCCUAGGGCAGGAGAUGCAGAGUGGAAGGAGACAGGGUGGGUCAGGCCCUAACGUGGAGUUCUUUGCCGACAGAUAUGUACUAGGUCAUGAGGCAAUGAAGCACCUCCAGAAUUUCAGUGUACUGAUAUCAGGCCUGCGAGGUCUGGGUGUGGAAAUUGCCAAGAAUAUCAUCCUUGGUGGGGUCAAGGCUGUCACUCUCCAUGACCAGGGCACUGCCCAGUGGGCUGAUCUUUCUUCCCAGUUCUACCUGCGUGAGGAAGAUAUUGGCAAAAACCGAGCUGAGAUAUCCCAAGCUCGCCUUGCGGAACUCAACAGUUACGUGCCUGUGCAUACCUACACUGGAGCCCUAGUCGAGGACUUCCUGAGUGGUUUUCAGGUGGUGGUUCUUACCAAUACUGCUUUAGAAUAUCAGCUGCAGGUGGGUGAGUUCUGUCAUAGCCGUGGAAUCAAGCUGGUGGUGGCAGACACUCGGGGCCUAGUUGGACAACUGUUCUGUGAUUUUGGAGAGGAAAUGAUUCUCACUGAUUCAAAUGGGGAACAGCCACUCAGUGCCAUGGUUUCCAUGAUCACCAAGGAGAGUCCGGGAGUCGUCACCUGCUUGGAGGAAUCCCAUCACGGAUUUGAGAGUGGUGACUUUGUCUGUUUCACAGAAGUUCAGGGCAUGAGUGAACUCAAUGGCAUCGGUCCCAUAGAGAUCAAAGUUCUGGGUCCCUGCACCUUUAGCAUCUGUGACACAUCUGGUUUCUCUGACUACAUCCACGGAGGCAUUGUCAGUCAAGUGAAAGUAUCUCAGAAGAUCAGCUUUAAACCACUACUCGCCUCCUUGACAGAACCAGAUUUUGUGGUAGCAGAUUUUGCUAAGUGUCGUCACCCUGCUCAGCUGCACAUUGGUUUCCAGGCCCUGCAUCAUUUCUCUACUGAACAUGGCAGGCUUCCUCGGCCCCAUAAUGAGGAGGAUGCAGCAGAAAUGGUGACCUUAGCACAAGCUGUGAACACUCGAGCAUCGCCAACAGUUCAGCAGGAUUGCUUGGACAUAGACCUCAUGCGGAAGCUGGCACAUGUGGCUGCUGGGGAUCUGGCACCCGUGAAUGCCUUCAUUGGUGGUUUGGCUGCCCUGGAGGUCAUGAAGGCUUGUUCUGGGAAGUUCAUGCCCGUUAAGCAGUGGCUGUACUUUGAUGCCCUUGAAUGUCUCCCUGAGCACAAAGUGGCUUUCAUGGAAGAUAAGUGCCUGCCGCGCCAGAACCGUUAUGAUGGGCAAGUGGCUGUAUUUGGAUCUGACUUCCAAGAGAAGCUUGGCAAGCAGAAGUACUUCCUGGUAGGUGCGGGUGCCAUCGGCUGUGAGCUGCUCAAGAACUUUGCCAUGAUUGGCCUUGGCUGUGGGGAAGAUGGAGAAAUCAAAGUUACAGACAUGGACACCAUUGAUAAAUCAAAUCUGAACCGACAGUUUCUCUUCCGACCCUGGGAUGUCACAAAAUUAAAAUCUGAGACUGCUGCUGCUGCGGUGCGUAACAUAAAUCCACAUAUCAGGGUGUUGAGCCACCAGAAUCGAGUGGGCCCAGAGACAGAACACAUCUACUGUUUAUACAUGGACCGCCAUUGUGUGUACUACCAUAAGCCUCUGCUGGAGUCAGGCACAGUGGGCACCAAGGGCAACGUGCAGGUGGUUGUUCCCUUCUUGACAGAAUCCUACAGCUCUAGCCAGGACCCACCUGAGAAAUCCAUCCCCAUCUGCACACUGAAGAACUUCCCCAGUGCCAUUGAGCACACCCUGCAGGUGAUCAACCUUGGGAGGAAUGGGAGGCAGAAGGAGUACAGCCACCUGGAGGAACUCAAGACUUCACUUCCUCCUCAAGACAAACUCGUUGGAUUCAAGAUGUACCCCAUUGAGUUUGAGAAGGAUGAUGACAGCAACUUCCACAUGGAUUUCAUCGUGGCAGCAUCCAACCUGCGGGCAGAAAACUACGGCAUUUCCCCGGCAGACCGGCAUAAGAGCAAGCUGAUUGCAGGGAAGAUCAUCCCAACCAUUGCAACCACCACAGCAGCUGUAGUCGGGCUUGUGUGUUUGGAGCUGUACAAGGUGGUUCAGGGACACCAACAACUGGAGUCUUACAAAAACAGUUUUAUCAACUUGGCUUUGCCUUUCUUUAGCUUUUCGGCACCCCUGGCUCCAACCUGUCACCAGUACUAUGAUCAGGAGUGGACAUUGUGGGAUCGCUUUGACGUACAGGCACUACAACCUGGCGGCAAGGAGAUGACCCUCAAGCAGUUUCUAGACUACUUUAAGACAAAGCACAGGCUGGAGAUCACCAUGCUGUCCCACGGUGUGUCCAUGCUCUAUUCCUUCUUUAUGCCACCCCCCAAGCUCAAGGAACGGUUGGAUCAGCCGAUGACAGGGAUUGUGAGCCGUGUGUCAAAGCGAAACCUGGGCCAUCAUGUGAGGACCCUUGUGUUUGAGCUGUGCUGCAACAACGAGAGUGGAGAGGACGUCGAUGUUCCCUAUGUACGAUACAUCAUCCGCUGACCUCUUACUGACUCUUGUC